GUCCGCCACACAGCGUGCAACUGCAUGUUUCUCCGACAAUACUACACUAUAUCGCACGAUUAGCGUGGCUGGACUUCUAACAACACGCGUCCACUGCAUCGAUCGUAACCAAUCUCCAGGAUCUUCCCGGUUGGGUUAGCCUUGGAAUUGUGAUUCACUCGAGCGAUUUAACUGUGAAGGAUUUUGUGAUUAAAAUUACAAAAUAUUUGCGUAGAGAAGAAAGUGCGACUGAAGAUAGUGCGCGGUGCGGUGGAUUCUUCGACUGGAAGAAAUUUUGUGGAUAUUAGUUCACGUGGGUGGAAGUGUCCACGACACGUUGAAAAAGGUUUGAUGUGCUUGAGGGGUGGAAAGAAUUGAUCGUGAACGAAGGAUAAACCCAAAAUCUUCCAAACUGGGUGACGGCAGAGGAAAACCCCGUAGAGUCAGAAUGGCAGAUGAUAAUCAGCAGGAGAGCCAGCAUGUUCAUAAGGAGCUGAAAGUGGCGAAGCUUAUGCCUCUUGCGAUGAAGCUCUUGGAAAUUGUUUUAGCUGUGUUCGCUAUCGGAUUAGUCGUCGAUCCGUUAAAUUCGUUCCAGAAGAUCAUGAUUAGAAUGCAUUUCAAGCUUGACGAUGCCGCGAUAAUUUACAUCACUAUCGCUGGCUACCUGAUGAUCAACACGCUUUUCAUCAUUUGUCAACUGUUGGGAGAUCGAAUACCGAAAAGAACCUUGAUAUUGUUCUCUUCAGUCGGUGGGCUCCUGCACAUCGUCGCUGGAAGCAUAAUUGUCUAUAAUUGGACAAAGAUUCUCGGCCCUUACUACAGCAACAACGAAUUGUAUCCCAGCAAACAGUACAUGGAUAUGUUCAUAUCAGGCGCAGUGUUCACAUUUGUCAAUGCUGCGGUUUUCUUCUUGGAAGUAUUCUUCAUCAUUUACUCGUCAAAAAGCAUCGAGUAAGAAGGAAAGAUACGGCGUAACGGUCUUUAGAUUGGGAGAACGAGUAUGAAACAUUCGUGAGAAUUAUACUUACAAAUGCCUGCUUGAUGUAACUAGGAGAAUAGAUUGUCAGUAAGUCAGUAAAAAUAUGAAUAUUUAAUGUUAUGUAAAUUUUGAAAAAAAUGUCGUUUCUAUGGAGAAAAAAGAGAUAGCUGAUGUUAAAUAUGUCACGUAUUUUAUAAAAUAGUUUAUCACAAGAGGUGAUGAAAGAAAAGAAACAGAAGAAUCGAAAAGAGAUGGUUUCCCACCGAAUGUGUUCUACA